AUGAUUCGAGCAGGUAGCCUCCUUGGACUUGGCCCGUUGACUACCUGUACAUCACACGCGACGAAGACCGUACCUCUACGGACCGCUUCUACAAAAGCGACUGCCUCGCCCCAGAAGCGCUCUGACUUCUUCAAGCUCGCACAAGCGCGUCAGCGCAAAACUGCGAACCUCUCCCGACAAAAGGUUCUCCAAGCCGAACGAGAAGCUUCCCUCGGCGACCCUAUCAAGAGCAAGCCCACUCCUUUCAUUCAAGAAAUCGAAGCUAUCCAGACCGGCUCUCCAAAUUCAACCGCUAUUUCAGGUCUGAAUUACUACCUGAAAGCCGAUGAGCUCAGUGGCGCAUUGCAAUUUUCCAAGGAUCUGGUCGAACCCUUGCAGAACCCAGAUCGGGAUACUGCCGACCCUCAAUUGGAGAAGGAAGCCGCUGAACUGCAUCAGAAGGAACACCAGAAUGCACAGGAUGCAAUUCAACGCAUUGUCAACCUCAGUAAUGGCAAUACCAAAGACCGCUUGCGCCUAAAUGUGCAAAAGUGCAUCGAACAGUUCGGGCGACAUAACACCGACCAAUACCUCCCGCCCAAGCCAUCGAGUGCAUUGCAGGCGUCUUUGUCUGGUCAGCCGGAGAAGGUUCCUCGGAUCGGGGUCGACACUGGUUCUCCUGAAGUACAGGCCGCAAUCUUAACCGUCAAGAUCAUGAACCUGUACCGUCAUCUGCAAGGCGCCAACAAAGACAAACACAACAGGCGCAACCUUCAAAUCCUGGUCCACAAGCGACAGAAGCUUCUACGAUACAUUCGUGAAAAGGAGCGCGGAGGUCCCCGGUGGCAGAAUCUGAUGCAAACGUUGGGAUUGUCUGAUGCCGCGUGGAAAGGCGAGAUCGCCCUAUAG